UCUAUUAAUGUUGCUUAUUGUUUUUUGGUGUUAAAAAUGACGACAAGAAAUCCAGCUGACUGAGAUAUAAAAUCGAAGGCUGAAAAACAAAAUAAGUGGUAUAAUUGGAGGUGUGUGUUACUAGUUCCGGGUGGUGUAUUUGCAAGUUUGGUUCCCGCUACUUAGAAGGAACUCAUCAAACAAUAUGCUGCAUAAUGGACAACUCCGAACUCUGGUCCAAAGAAUUAGCAAAAAGAAAAUAUUGCCAUCUUGGGUAGUGAUUAGUUCAAACGCAUCAACAACGAAUGAAGCCUCAAAUCAGAGUAAAUGGUCACAGAAGAAACACACCAAACAGAAAUUCCAACGGCAUCUUCAUACGAGUGGUAAAUGUUGUUACAACUGUAACACUCCUGUGAUAUAUGAACCGUGGAUGGACGAAGACAUCAUCUGUGUCUUGCAGGGAAGUUGCAUGCCCGGUAGUACUCGUUACUGCAGGACCAAUUCUAUGUUUGGAAAAAUGGAUAUCACUGAUAUUAUGCAAGGGGUACCCUUUGCGAGAAAGUUCUCAACUCUAGCUGGAAAUCCUAGAUUUUCAUCAGACGUCAACAGAUAUCAUCACACCUUUACCGAUGGAGCACAGUCCUCUUUAGGAGGAGUACACGCCUUAAAAUAUUAUCAACCAGAGUUUGCAUUAUUCAGUAAGACAAAAAAAAAAUUUAGUAUGGUUAAUAACAACCCCUUUAUGCAAUUAAAUCAGCACUGCCUUUACUCAACAUCAGCCCUGAGAAACGCAACAGAUACAAAUGAGGAGGGAAUGUCUGACGUAAAUAAGUCAUUGAGUCAGCGUGCGAAACUGAAGCGAGCUGUGAAGGAGUAUGGUGGCACUGUUGUAGUCUUUCAUGUCUGUAUCUCACUUGCCUCCCUUGGUGGAUUUUAUCUCGCUGUCUCAAGUGGCCUCGAUGUAGCAGCGAUGCUGAAGUUUGUUGGAUUCAGUGAAGAAGUGAUCCAAGCUCGUAUGGCAACAAAUGCAAGUACAUUCGUGAUUGCAUAUGCGGUCUACAAACUCUUUAUGCCUGUUCGUGUAGGUAUAACGUUGACUGUUGCACCAUUACUGGUUCAAUAUCUGCGUCGAAUUAAUGUCUUGAAGCCACCAAAGAAAUGAGCGUCAAAUUUUUAAGGAAGUAAUUUUGAAAAGGAAGAUAUUGCCAAAAUUAUACUCGACAUGUUGACAUAAACGUCACUCUAUAAAUUGUCAAGGACUUUCGUUCUGCCACUGAGAGCACUGCAUACAUUUCUUGGACUUUUUACUUAAGGCUACCAUUCUACAGUAAUUCUAUGGAACCAUUCAGAACUCUGCAUCAGUAACAAGCAGCAACAGUAACAUUGUUUUCAUUUGUAUACAUUUUAAGAAAAUACUGCAUUUAUAUGGAAAAAUAUAAAUUAUUUCAUAUAAAAAGAGCUACUGUAUAUAUUGAAGCAAAAUCUGCUGUAAAUGUCUAUGUAAAAGUUAUGUUUAGGAAAUGUUUCUAAACAAAGAAAAAAAAAUGGAAUGAGAAAAAUAUACUGUAUAAUUAACAAUUAAAUAAAGCUGAGGAGUGUCCUCAUGUACCCAGUACACCAAUUGUUUUCAUUUGGCUUAUUAGUCAUUGAAUCAAGCAUCAUGUAGCAGAUUUCUCUGUUGACUAUUAAGCUUGCCACAGGAUUCAUUUUUUUUUUUAAUGAUUGUACUGUACUGUUGUAUAGACAGAUUUAAAGAAUAAAUAAAAAUUAUUGUACAUAGAGGGAAGUAGAUAAAUAUAGUGUAUAUGUAUACAGUUAACCUUUCCUAAUUCAACUUUGCCUAACUUGAAUAAUCGAUCUUAUUUUACAUGCCAGAGUGUUGUGUUUUCCAUUAAUUAACAAUCUACAAGUCACAUUUUAUCUAAAACACACAAUUCUUCAAUGCCAUUUUGGAUUUGACUUAGGCAAGUUCAGCUGUAUACAGAAUUCUAGUCAUCACAUUUAUCAUGAAAUGUAUUUGAAACUGCUGUACAGUACUGUAAACUGUACUAUAUAUAAGAUAGAUACUUAUAGAAAGGUAAAACACAAGAAAAUGUUCCAACAACAUUGAAAUUUUUUGAUAAUGAAAACUUUUUAUUUUUAAUAAGACUUACUUACAAAAAUGGAAUAGCUUGUGGUUUUUUAACAUGUUUUUAAUAAACACUUUUAUUUAUAAUAAAUGUACAUUAUCACUAAGAGAA